CAGAGAAGGAGAUUCUGUUAUAAAGCAAGCUCAGACUUUCUAUGCUUCAUGUAUGGACACUAAAACAUUGAAUCACCUUGGGUCCAAGCCCUUAAAAGAAGUCAUAGAAAAGGUGGGGGGCUGGCCAGGUUCUGAUAACUGGACAAAAACAGAUUUCAAUGAGACUCUGAAACUUUUGAUGAGCAAAUUUAACACAUUCCCAUUUUUCAAAGCUUACCUAGACUCCACCCCCUGGGACCCAAUGACCAAUCGGAUUCAGAUUGACCCGCCAGAGUUUGACAUUUUCUCUGAUAUCGGCUCCAGUGACACUAAAUAUGAUGGUCAGGAUGAUAAUGAAUAUCGUAAAUACUUGUGGAGUGUAAAUUUACUUUUAAAUGGAUCCUCUUCUCAGUUCAUUCAAGAUGUCUUCGUCUUCACCUCUAAGUUACAUCAGGCUGUAACCCCAAUGCCGGACAGAAUCAAACAACGAAAACUCUACCAAAGAAGCAGCGCUCAAGAGCUACAGGCUGUGGCGCCGGCUAUUAAUUGGAUGACUUGUCUACAAGACACAUUUCAUGGUUUUGAUUUGAACCGUUCUCAAGAGAUUAUUGUGCAUGACAUGGACUACCUUGUAGCGAUGUCCCAGAUUAUCAGUCAGGUGCAAAACAGCUCUGUCUUGCAGGGGUACAUGGUCCUGGCGUUGAUGCAGACGUUAUCUCCGUACCUGGAUGAGAGAUUCCUAGAAGCCCGAGAGAGGUUCCAGAAUAGUCUCCACCAACCACAGGCUGCACCACGGUGGGAGACGUGUCUCCAUCUGACCAACCAGUUCUUUGAGCCAGCUCUCAGCCGUAUGUUCAUUCAGCAGACUGUCUCACAGAAGAGUGAGAGGUUGGCCCUGGAUAUAUUUUUAAUUAUCAAAGAUGCGCUACACUCUGCAAUUGGGAAAUUCAAGUGGAUGGAUAAAAAGACGCAGAAAGAUGCACAGAAAAAUUUAGAAAAUGUUCAACUUGAGCUUGGAAUCCCCCAGAAGUAUAAAGCCCCCUCCUUGAUGAGCCAGAAUAAGGUGACCCUGAACAAGGAGCACCUCUUGAGGAAUGCGCUACAACUUAUCUCCUGGAGCAGAUUGGCUGCUCUUCCACCUUGGAGCGCCACCCCCUGGUCUGUCUAUUCCUACUACUCUCAGAGACAAAAGCUGCUGGUGAUUCCUGCUGGUCUUAUGCAGCCUCCAUUCUUCCAUUUACAUUAUCCAAGUGCUGUGAAUUUCGGAGGUCUUGGUUUCAUUAUGGCACAUGAGUUAAUCCAUUCACUGCACGACUAUGUUCUUUCCAUUCUAUGGGGUGAAACUGAGGGAAAUCCUGAGGAGAUGCAAUGUCUGCAGGAUCAUUAUGAUACCCUCUUGGUCUUGGAGAACAACAUAAUGAUGAACAAUUCCCUCAGAUUGCUUGAAAACAUGGCAGACAGUGGAGGACUAUAUAUUGCACAAAAGGCGUAUGAAAGCUGGAUUCUGAAGCAUCAUCCGGAGACUUCAUUACCUGAUGUAGCACUCACAACCAAGGAACUCUUCUACAUCAGCUAUGGCCAGAUAAUGUGUGGGAUUCUAAGUCCAGAAGACCUGAUGUCCCACCUGGAAACAAAUCCGCACAGCCCCCCAGCAUUGCGUGUUAAUGGAGCAGUGAGCAAUGACCAUGAAUUCUCUUACACUUUCCAGUGUGGAACAAAAGCUGCUAUGAACCCACAACCCAAAUGCAAAUUGUGGUCAUGAACCAGUGUUGCAUGGCAUGCUCGGGAUGCAAAGUAAAGUGAAAAUAAAGGAAGGAACCUGAUGGAGCAUAAGAUGCAGAUACAGAAAUAAACUGAAAGGGAAAGGUGAGGGAGGAAAUGAAAUGAGGAUCAAGGCUAAUGGUUUAAUAGGAACAACUGAAGUCUGGGAUCGUAGUGUCAUAAUGUAUAUAGGAGGACUGGAUACUAAUAUAGAAUGGUACAUAUGGCUCUGUCUGUACACAUGUAGCUGAGAGCCUCUGGUACACAUGGGUGCAGCAUACCUAGUGUUAGAGACCUCACAGAACAAGUCAUGCACAGUUUUGAGGGACUUAUAAAACUGGGCACAUAAAAAGUCCUAAGAAUCAUAUAGCAGGACAUGCAGGUCUCUGGGAAACUUAUAAAGCAAAGGACACAAAAAGAAAGGAGAGCUGAACUAUAAUGUCCUAGAGGUACAAAAAAGUAAGAACAGACGUAGCUGGAAAAUUUAUAGAAAAUUGUAAAUAAAUUGGAGGUUUGGGCUAAAUAAGCCUAUUUAUAAAAAAUGUUAGUGGUCACCCUAAUGACUAAUUCCAGAAUGUAUUUUUGCUAUUAUGUUACCAACCAAAAAAAGGCUCACUGAUAUUUUCCAAUUAGAUAUACUUCUAUUUCUUGUGGAGACAUAUGCAAUUAGAUCUUCUAAUGUAUUUCUUGGCAUCUAAUAAAAGGUGGGAAUUAUU